GGAUCACCUGCCAAUCGAUCCCCUCGAAAACCCAUAGUGGCUAUCAUGAUUUCACGUCCAAUAAUGGGUUUAUUUAGACGCUUAUGGCCCAUCCCUGCAAUAGAAAACGACUGAUUGUAACGGCCUGGGCACAACAGUGACAACAGGCGGUUUAUCAAGAGUCGGAACAAGUCAGAUCAGACAGAGCAUACUGAACCAUAACUCGGUCGUAUGCCAGGCAAUUUCCUGGAUCUUACAAUUCAAGCUAGGAAGUGAUUACUCCAGUGCAGUCCAUCUCAAAGAGAGAUGCAUCCGCUGCCUUGUAAGUUGUAAGCUGGAAUGGAGAUGUGGGACGCCAUGGAGACGGAGAACCAUGUCGCGGAGCGCGGCCUCGUCCCCGCCAGCGGCGGCGACGUGCAGGUGCAUGACGAGCGCGGCGGCGCUAAGGUGGACGGCUUCGUGCGCAGGGACCAAUCAUGCCGGUACGCUAGCAGUGACGGCAUCCCAAGUGAUCUGCUCGUCAAGGUGGGAGGCGUCAACUUCCACCUCCACAAGCACCCCAUGGUCUCCCGCAGCGCCCGCCUGGGCCGGCUCGUCGACGAGGCAUCGGCGCUGCCGCACGGCCCCGACGCCGCCACCGUGGUGGAGGUGGAGCUCCCCAACCUGCCGGGCGGCCACGGCGCGUUCGAGCUGGCCGCCAAGUUCUGCUACGGCGUGGUGGUCGACAUCACGGCCGCCAACGUCGCCGCCCUGCGCUGCGCCGCCAAGUACCUGGAGAUGACGGAGGAGCUGGAGGAGGGCAACCUCGCCGCCCGCGCGGAGGCGUUCCUGAGCUGCGUGGUAGCGAACUCGUGGCGGGACUCCGUGGCUGUGCUCCGGAGCUGCGACGAGGGCCUCUCGCCGUGGGCCGAGGACCUGCAGCUCGUGCGCCGCUGCAGCGAGUCCGUCGCGGCCAAGGCGUGCACCAACCCGAGGGCCGUGCGCUGGGCGUACGCCGGCAGAAGGUCGCUGGCCAAGACGGCGACGAUGACGACGAGGGCCGGCACGUCCAGCGACACCGUGCCGCCGCCGGCGGACUGGUGGGUGGACGACAUCUGCGUACUGAGGAUCGAUCACUUCGUGCGGGUGAUCACCGCCGUCCAGGCCAAGGGCAUGCGCGGCGACCUCAUCGGCGCCGCCAUCACGCGCUACGCCUCCAAAUGGCUGUCGCCAGUUAUUCUCAGCGAGGAGAGCGCCGGGAUGCGUGGCAGCGAGCCGUGGCAGCAGGCCGGCGAUGGCGUGCUCCAAAUGGUCAUCGCCGUCGCCGGCGAGGGGGGCGACACGCAGCCGGAGACGGCAGCUGGUGAGCAGAGGAGGGUCGUGGAGAGCCUGAUCAGCAUCAUCCCCCCGCACAAGGACUGCGUCUCGUGCAGCUUCCUCCUCCGGCUGCUCCGGCUGGCCGUCAUGCUCCGGGCGGCGCCGGCGCUGGUGACGGAGGUGGAGAAGCUCGUGGGCAUGCAGCUGGACCAGGCGGCGCUGCCCGACAUCCUCGUCCCCUCGUACCCCUAUGGCCGCUCCGACGCCGCGUACGACGUAGACCUCGUGCAGCGGCUGGUGGAGCAGUUCGUGAUGCAGGAGCAGCCGUCGUCGUCGUCCUCCCCCAGCCGCGGGAAGGCGGAGAAGCAGGAGCAGCAUCAGAGCACAAGGGCGCAGCGCGUGGCAUGCCUCCUCGACAGCUACCUCUCCGAGGUGUCGCGCGACCGGAACCUUCCCCUGGGCAAGUUCCAGGCCCUCGCCGAGUCGCUGCCGGAGCCGGCGCGGGCCUGCCACGACGGGCUGUACCGCGCCGUGGACUCGUACAUGAAGGCGCACCCGGCGGCGACGGAGCACGAGCGGAAGCGGCUGUGCCGGGCGGUGGACUGCGGGAAGCUGUCGCGGGAGGUGCGGCUGCACGCGGCGCAGAACGAGCGGCUGCCUCUCCGCGUCGUCGUGCAGGUGCUGCUGUCGGAACAGGCCAGGAUGCCCGGCGCGCUCGGCAGGGCGGGGAGGAAGGAGGAGGACGUGAGCGCGCUGAGGAUGGAGGUGGAGAGCGUGAGCGCCAAGUACAUGGAGCUGCAGCGCGAGGUGGAGUUUCUGCAGAGGCAGGUGGAGCGCAUGCUGCCGCCGCCGUCCGCGGCGGGAAAGCAGCAGCAGGGAGUGUCUGGGUGGACAAGCGGGUGGAAGAAGCUUGGAAGGCUAGGCAGGAUUCAGGUGGAGCAGCCGGUGGUGAGCGCGGCACCAGACGAUAUUGGGAGCAGGGAGCCUCGACCUCGACGGAGGAACUCUGCUUCGUGAGCUGCUUGUUCCUGACCGGAAUCCUGCAGGCUUUGGUUAGAUCUACUCGUGUUAGGGAGCAUUGCAAACAUAUAUGCUCUUAAACAAAGAAUAUAAUCUUUGUACACUAUCAGUACAUACAGAGCUUCAUUUACACUUGAAUUAGAAUCCUAAAAAGUAUUAAAUACGUACCUGGUAA